CCCGCCUGCAACGCAACGCUCCUCGCGCCGGGCUGCGCUCUGAUCAACCGAGCAUUCACCGCGCCUCCAAAUUGGUUUGUCAUUUCUGACCCCUCUCUCUCUCUGCGCCGACCACGGUCCUCUGCUCCGCUGCGCUCUGCGCCCGUGGACUUCAGCAGAAGUCACUCUGAACAUAAAGGCAGCCGAGAAAGAUAAAAAAGAGAGAGGGAGGGAGGGAGGAAGGGAUACAGACAGACGGAUAGAGAGCGGGAGAGACAGAGAUACGCCUCUGUCCUCCUCCGGCGCUCCGCUGGACUCAGUGCGUUUGGACGGACGGACGGACGUGAUACCUCCUACUGUGCGAGCGCUGAUCGGGAUACUAAGCACGCAGCUAUUGGUUUGUUACACCCUCGGCUUCUUUAUUUCCAUUCCCUCUUUCAGGAACACUUGCCAAUGUCAUUCUGCAGCCGCGAGAAUUAACUAGAGCCGGAGUCGAGGUACAAACCAGCCACUGAAAUUUAUCGACUAGGAAGAUACGUUUGUACACAAGAAUUGCGUUCUGGUGACUGUAUAGAGCGAAGAAGGAGAAGAAGAAGAAAGGUUAUUCCCGACUCUUCUCUGCGCUGGAUGUGUAAGCUAUACAUGCGCCUAUACUGCUGCGACUGGCGAUAAGAACUGGAACAUCCGGCUGGCACUGAGAUGUGAUUCUCAGCAGUUUCAUUUCACUUUGACAAAGCAAAGUACACCAGUAACAGGUCUGUAUGGUGACAGGAAGACUGAGCUGUGACUUAUAAACAGCUCGCCACAAGACCGUCUGGGCUCAGCAGGAAGUACCUCUAUGUCUACUUCCAGGUCAUCCUCAGACGUCAUGUGGACCAGAUGCCUGCUCUUGAUCUCAACCUUCUUUUCCCCCAUAGCCAUUGUUUAUGGCCGUGCCCCCAUCCCCAUGGCAGUAGUCCGCAGGGAGCUGUCCUGUGAGUCCUACCCCAUUGAGUUACGCUGCCCAGGCACAGAUGUCAUCAUGAUUGAAAGUGCCAACUACGGCCGCACUGAUGACAAGAUCUGCGACUCGGACCCCGUCCAGAUGGAAAACACGCGGUGCUACCUGCCUGAUGCAUACAAGAUCAUGUCACUCAGAUGCAACAACCGUACGCAGUGUGCUGUGGUGGCCGGCCCCGACGUCUUUCCCGAUCCCUGCCCCGGCACAUACAAAUACCUUGAAGUCCAGUAUGAGUGCGUUCCUUACAAAGUAGAACAAAAAGUGUUUCUGUGCCCCGGCAUUCUUCGGGGAGUUUACCAAAGCGAACAUCUCUUUGAAUCGGACCAUCAGUCUGGUGCUUGGUGCAAAGACCCGCUGCAGGCCUCUGACAAGAUCUACUACAUGCCCUGGACACCAUACCGCACGGACACGCUGACUGAGUAUUCAUCGAAGGAGGACUUCAUCGCAGGCCGUCCCACCACCACAUACAAACUGCCGCAUCGCGUGGACGGCACUGGCUUUGUCGUGUAUGACGGUGCGCUGUUCUUCAACAAGGAGCGGACCCGCAACAUCGUAAAGUUUGACCUGCGCACGCGCAUCAAGAGCGGUGAGGCGAUUAUUGCCAACGCCAACUACCACGACACGUCGCCCUACCGCUGGGGGGGCAAGUCGGACAUUGACCUGGCGGUGGAUGAGAACGGUCUGUGGGUGAUCUACGCAACGGAGCAGAACAAUGGGCGCAUCGUGGUGAGCCAGCUCAAUCCCUACACCCUGCGCAUCGAAGGCUCCUGGGACACGAGCUACGACAAGCGCUCUGCCUCCAAUGCGUUCAUGAUCUGCGGAGUCCUUUAUGUUGUCAAAACCGUCUACGAAGAUGAUGACAACGAAGGCACGGGGAACAAGAUUGACUACAUGUACAACACUGAUAAGGGGAAAGAAAUGACGGUUAACAUACCCUUCCCUAAUUCCUACCAGUACAUAGCUGCAGUGGAUUAUAACCCUAGAGACAACCUGCUGUAUGUGUGGAAUAACUACCACGUGGUCAAGUACUCGCUCGACUUCGGCAACAAUGACUUUCGCCCACCUCCCAUAAUCCCCCCAAACCGAGGAGGGGGACCAAUUGGUGGGGAGGUUCCUCUUCAUCUACCAGCCGUGCCGCCACCACCACACGGUCUCCCCCCUCCUACACCACUCCAAGGCCUCCUGACAACAUCCCCUGGUCAGCGGUAUCGAACGACUACCACUGUCCGCCAGCCCAUUCUGGUUCCUCCUGGAGGUUCAUCGUCUGACAGCAAUCAGAUUCCUGACACCAAUCAGAAAGUGGGGGGUCGAUCCCCUCCAGUGAAAGUCCCUCCAGCACCCCCACAGCCCCCAAUCCUCCCUCCUCAAGACUUCUGUAAUCCAGUAGUGACAGCCGACAUAUCAUGGCCUCGCACACAGCAGGGCCAAAUGGCCAAACAGCCGUGCCCUGUAGGGACACUGGGCGUGGCUACAUACGUGUGCGUAGCUCAUUUGGGCCACUGGGAUACCCAAGGCCCUGACCUCAGCAAUUGCACGUCACCUUGGGUCAACCACAUCAUGCAGAAACUUCGGUCGGGCGAGACGGCAGCAAUUGUAGCCAGGGAACUGGCAGAGCAGACCAAAGGACUUCUGCAUCCUGGCGAUGUGCCAUCUACAGUGCGGGCCAUGGUCCAACUAGUCGAACUGCUGGACGUCCAACUCAGAAAUCUCACCCCUGGGGGCAAGGACAGUGCUGCCCGCAGCCUCACCAAGCUUCAGAAGAGAGAAAGGUCCUGCAGGUUUUUCGCACAGGCCAUGGUGGAGACCGUGAAUAAUUUGUUGCAUCCACGAGCGGAGAAAGCGUGGCGAGAACUGCCCACCAGUGAGCAGCUUCACUCGGCUACCCUGCUCCUCGACACCGUGGAGACCGGGGCUUUUAUGUUGGCUGACAACCUCCUGAAGACUGACACUGUGCAGGAGACUACUGACUACAUCCUGCUGGAAGUAGCCAGGCUGAGCACGGAUGGGAACCUCGCAGACCUGACAUUCCCUCAGUCGGAACAACACGGAAACUCCAUCCAGCUGUCAGCCAGCACUCUCAAACAGCAUGGCAGAAAUGGUGAGAUCAGGAUGGUGUUUGUCUUGUACAAGAACUUGGGCUCCUACCUGUCCACGGAGAACGCCAGCGUCAGACUGAGCAGCGAUGCCAUCUAUCCUAAUUACUCUGUUAUCGUCAACUCCCCGGUCAUCACCGCAUCCAUUAACAAGGAGAGCAAUAAGGUUUACCUGUCAGAGCCUGUGGUCUUCACUGUCAAACAUCUACAGCAUUCAGAAAAGAAUUUCAAUCCCAACUGUUCAUUCUGGAGCUACUCCAAGCGCACCAUGACGGGAUUCUGGUCUACGCAGGACUGUCGUCUGCUGGCCACCAAUCGUACACACACCAGCUGCUCCUGCACCCACCUUACCAGCUUUGCAGUGCUCAUGGCCCACGUGGAGGUCAAGAAAACAGACAGCAUGCAUGACGUGCUCCUGGAUGUCAUCACGUGGGUGGGCAUCCUGUUGUCACUGGUUUGCCUGCUUAUCUGCAUCUUCACCUUCUGCUUCUUCAGAGGGCUUCAGAGCGAUCGCAACACCAUUCACAAGAACCUCUGCAUAAGCCUCUUCAUCGCUGAGUCUCUGUUUCUGUAUGGGAUCAACAAGGCCGACCAGCCGAUUGUCUGCGCAGUCUUUGCGGCCCUGCUCCAUUUCUUCUUCUUGGCAGCGUUCACCUGGAUGUUCCUGGAAGGGGUACAGCUCUACAUCAUGCUGGUAGAGGUGUUUGAGAGCGAACACUCCAGGACUAAGUACUUCUACCUGGCAGGAUAUGGAGUACCUGCUGUCAUAGUGGCCGUCUCCGCUGCCGUGGACUACAGGAGCUACGGCACCGACCGAGUGUGCUGGCUGCGAUUGGAUACUUACUUUAUCUGGAGCUUCAUAGGCCCUGCUACACUCAUCAUUAUGCUGAAUGUAAUCUUCCUCGGCAUCGCUCUUUAUAAGAUGUUCCAUCAUACGGCCAUUCUCAAACCAGACUCUGGGUGUCUGGACAACAUCAAGUCCUGGGUGAUUGGGGCCAUAGCUCUGCUGUGUCUGCUUGGUCUGACCUGGGCGUUCGGGCUAAUGUACAUCAACGAGAGCACCGUGAUCAUGGCCUACCUUUUCACCAUCUUCAACUCUCUGCAGGGCAUGUUUAUCUUCAUCUUCCACUGCAUACUGCAGAAAAAGGUGCGUAAAGAGUACGGCAAAUGUCUGCGCACCCACUGCUGCAGCGGGAAGAGCGUGGAGACUUCUAUUUCCUCCUCCAGUAAAACCACCACCUCGCGGACCCCGGGCCGCUACUCCACAGGCUCACAGGUGAGCUUACCUGCCUGCACACCUGGACGCUACAGCACAGCAGAUUCUCAGAGUCGUAUCAGGCGGAUGUGGAAUGACACUGUGAGGAAACAGGAGUCCUCCUUCAUCACUGGAGACAUCAACAGCUCUGCUACGCUCAACAGAGGAGCCAUGGCUAAUCAUCUUAUAACUAAUGCUCUCCUUCGUCCCCAUGGUACUAACAAUCCUUAUAACACGCUCCUGGGGGACUCGGCAGUCUAUAACAACCCAGCUGUGGGCAUGUACAACACCCAAGCACCAUACCGAGACACAAAGGGCAUCCUGAACAACGCAAGAGACUCCAGUGUUAUGGAUACACUCCCUCUUAAUGGUAACCAUGCCAACAACUACAGCAUGGCGAGCAGUGAGUACUUGAGCGACUGUGUCCAGAUCCUCGACCGUAGCGCCGGCUACGGCACCCACAGCAACCACAAGGAGACAACUCUAGAGAAGAAGAUCCUCAAGGAGCUGACGUCCAACUAUAUCCCAUCUUACCUCAACAAUCAUGAGAGAGCAACCACAGAGCGCAAUCACAACCUCAUGAACAAACUGGUGAACAGCAGCAUGGCCAAUGGAGGGAGCCUGGCAGGGGGCAGCAGCAGCAGCAGCAGCAGUGGAGUUGGUGGAUGUGUGGGAGGCAGUAAAGAGGACAAUGGCCCCAUGGUACUAGACAACCCUGUAGCCUUCCCCCAUGAGGAGAACCUGGGUUUGGAGAUUAUCAGAGAGGAGUCCAAUGCACCUCUCCUGCCGCCACGGCCUCCUCCGCCAGACAGCCACCCCCCGCCGCCGCCGCCUCCUCACAGUUUCUCCCGGCCACGGCGCAUUCCUCAAGAGACCAGCGAGAGCUUUUUUCCCCUGCUGACAAACGAGCACACUGAUGAGCACACGCACUCACCAAACCACAGAGACUCACUCUACACCAGCAUGCCAGUGCUGACGGACCUCCCAGAUGGGCAGAUGAAUGGUUUAACAGACGGAGAGGAAGACAGCUCCGGGGAGCUACAGCCCUGUAAGAGUGCUACUGCUCCUGAACUGGAUGAUGUCUAUUAUAAGAGCAUGCCAAACUUGGGCUCCAGGAAUCACCUUCACGAGCUGCAGAGCUACUACCACAUGGGCCGUGGUGGCAGUGAUGGAUAUAUGGUCUCUGGGAGCAAGGAUGAGUCCGAUUCAUCACCCGAGGAGCCGCCUGUAGACCCUUCUCACCUGGUUACCAGUCUAUAGAGGCAGUCGAGACUUCUGUCCCUCCCCAGCCCACCUUUACACUUUCAACCUUUCAGUGAAAACAUUCUGUGUUGUUGACUGACAGACUGAGCUGGCCCGACCCUGGAUUGAGGUACUGCGUGUAACAUUAACGGCGGCCCAUGACAAUAUGAUUGAGACAUCACUGGCCAGUUAAAAGCAGGGACUGAAUGUACUGUCAUAAAAGGUGCAGACUGAGAGGGCAGCUCUAAAAGACUUUUUGUGAACAUCAAGCCAGAAUGGAAUGUUUGAACUCAGAACAGAAAAGGAACGGGGAGGGAUUCUGUAAUUUUACCGUACCUGUUACUUUUAUUUGGAAUCUUCGGAUUGACCGUAGCCCUACAAGUUUACCAAUAUGGACCUCUAGCAGAUUAUAGCAUAUAGUCUCCACUACCACCACAACAGGGCCAAGGCCCCCAGCCCUGGGUGAAAAGAGCUGCCUGUCUGUUUGUCUGUAUGUCUGUCUAUCUGUCUAACUCUUAAAGACGCAUACGUUGGAUGACGUCUCCACGACAAUAAAGGGUAGAGCAGGACGUCAGACUCUGGUGUUCACAGCAUAAACUGGCCCCAAAGAAGCACCGCUACCUGCCAAUCAAGUGAAGGAUGUAUGAUAAUGCCCUCACUAACAAUCACCCAAAAAAAAGUAAAAAAAAGAAAAAAAGAAAAAGAACCACUGAUAUUAUUUGGGCGACUGAACUGUAACCAUAUCAAACUGAUGUUCGAAAUUCUCUUCCUGUUCGUAUCUGCUAAACUGGAGUUGUGUCUGGGCUGGUGUAACAUUCCUGCAAGUCGUAGUGACAGCGGCUACUGUGUAUUUCACUGAAAACAAAGAAGGAAGAUCAUAUUACAACAGACUGAAGUGAAAAAAAAGAACGAGUUCUGUUUCUUCUCCUUUCUUCUGUAAAAGUUUUCAGUUAUCAAAGGAUUAUGAAGAAAUCACAAACUGUUUCUAUGUAUUGUACAGAAUCCAGAUACAGAUACAAAUGUUGCAUAUGACCAAGUCUUUUAUUUUCUAAUCCUAAGUUGCAAACCUUUUGUGUGUGAAAACGUUCUGAAAUGCAAUGAUAUGUUCUGUUCACGAGAGGACUGCAGAACGAGCAAGAAACAAUCUUUCAUGUCACUCUUUCGUAAUGCAGAGGCGGUCAAGCACUCCUUAAUUAAUACGCAUAUACCCUACGCACACUUCAUCCUGGUCCUUUUUAUAGCAACACCACUGUCACGUACAUUUUGCAAAUUAGUUGUUACUAUAUACUUUGCCACUUGUGUAGAUUUAAACCAAGCAGGAAACUGAAGUAGUUAGGCGACGAAGGAAGUGAUUACUAUGGAAAUGCUACAUUUUAGACUUUUGAUGGAAGAGGAUCUCAUCUCAUUUUGACCCUGCACGAGGGGCCUGGGUGUGAAAAAUGACAAAGACGCCAGAUUUACGAAGUAGCACAAGAAUAGUUUUUAAAAACAUAUCCUCUGCCAAAUAUUCUAGCAAUUGAUAAUACCUUACAGUGCUGUUUGAGAUCUUAUUGUACAGAAGAAUGCUCAGAGAAUCUACUAUUUUACAAAGGGGUCAGUCUUACCAAUGAAAUGUCAUGGCUACACCAUAUUUGCGUACUGAAAAUGUGAAAAGUCUGCACAGAACAGCACUGUCCAAUGUGGAAAGCCAAUGUUUACUUAUUUAGCAGGAAAAAUGAAUAAGUGUAUGAAGUGUAGCUUGCACAUGUAUUCCACAAACCCCGCCAUGUCCCCAAGAGAGAAAUUAUUUAUUUAUCUGUUUAUUGGUUUAAAUACAGCAAAACAAGCUUGGAGGAAAGAAAACUGGCAGGAGUAAAUAAAGUGGCACUGGGUUUGUUUUUUUAUUUUUUAUUUUUUUUGGUUUUUCAUUUCUUUUUUUAAAUUAUUAUGAUCUUGAUUAUUAUUACAAUAUUACUGCUAAUUAUUUAUUCUUUUUGUAUGGGUUCCACGUUGAAUGAUCUCAUAACUAAUAUUUGUUGUAACAGUGAAAGUUGUUUGCCAACAAAUAAAUUACUGACAUAGC